CUUCCACACAACCCAACAUGGCUGAUACAUUCACAAAGAUUGGCGUCAUCGGCGCGGGCUCGAUGGGCUCGGGCAUGGCUAUGCUCUUCGCAGAAAACGGUAUCGAGGUCGGCGUCUUCGACAUCAAACCACAGAACAUCGACAACCUCGGCCAAGUCCUCGCAGACGGCCUCGACCGGAGCAUCCACCCGCGCGUACAUUCUUUCAAGGAGUACAAGCCGUUCCUCGAGUUCCUCGGCGGCAAAAGCACACCCAAGCUCUUCGUGUUCAGCAUCCCGCACGGCAGCCCCGCAGACAAGGUUAUAGACGACAUCAACGACUAUCUCACCGAGGGUGACAUCAUCCUCGAUGGCGGCAACGAGUGGUACGAGAACGCGAGGCGCCGCCAGAAGGCGCUGCAGCCUCGCGGCGUGUCCUACCUGUCCAUGGGCGUGUCCGGAGGCUACCAGUCCGCGCGUCGUGGGCCGUCGAUCUCGCCCAGCGGCGACAAAAAGGCGCUUGACUCCGUCUUGCCGCUUCUCGAAAAGUUCGCCGCGAAGGAUCCCAAGACGGGCUUACCUUGCGUGGCGAACCUCGGACCGUCGAGCUGCGGGCACUACGUCAAGAUGGCGCACAACGGUAUUGAGCAGGGCAUCCUUGGUGUCGUCAAUGAGGCUUGGGAGCUGCUGUACAAGUGCAUGCACAUCCCGUUAGAUGAGAUCGCGAAGAUCUGGGAGCAGUGGGGAGCUGAAGGCGAACUGAGACGAAACUUCCUCAUCAACAUAGGUGCCGAAAUCUGUGGUAGACACCACCCGGAUGGUCCGCCGAGUCACGUCUUGAACGAAGUCCAAGACAAGGUUGUCCAGGACGCAGAUGACACGGAAGGAACUGGGUUCUGGACUGUCGUCGAGGCCGCCAAUCGACAUGUCUCCGCGCCCACGAUAGCAAGUGCUCACUUCUUCCGUAUUGCGUCCGCCGACCGGGCCCAACGCAUGAAGGUGGUCGAGAACCUUGGACAAAAUUUGGGCGCUGCGAGGAAACAGCAGGUUGACGAAGCAUUCCGGACGCAGUUUGUGGAGGAUCUUCGCCUUGCGGUGUACUGUACGUGCCUGGCGUCGUUCGCACAGGGACUGAACCUGAUCGCUCGGGCGAGCGAGGACGAAGGGUGGGGCGUAAACCUGGGGACAUGUAUGCGGAUCUGGAGAGAGGGGUGUAUCAUUCGCUCGGAGCACAUCGCCGACCUACUGCAGCCCGCUCUGGAGCAAUCUGGGACGGUCACGAACGUUCUGACGCUGCCCGUUGUCGGGGAGGAGGUCCGACGCACGAUAGGUGCACUGAGGCGGGUGGUCGCGCUGGGCCUGGAGUGGAAUGCUCACAUACCGGCAUUGAGCGCGAGUCUGGAGUAUUUCAAGUACUGUGCGGGGAAACACCUGCCAAGCCAGCUCAUGGAGGCGGAGAUGGACUACUUUGGGGCGCACUCAUAUGACCUCAAGUCGGAGGGGCCUGGCGAGGUUCAGAAGGGGAAACACCACGUUGAGUGGAAGCCCGCGUAGUGCGAGCGGCGGACGUAGAGCGGAGCAGGCGAAAGGCAAGGAUUGAACAUGUACAGUAUCGACGAGCGUAGAGACGACGAGCAGAACGAGAGCGACAGCGGGCGGGUUCAUUCAGACGGCGGGCGGGCGGGAAUCAUGUGA